AUGACGAUGCACAAUCCAAGAGGUAACGUAAUGUAUGCUGCAGAUGUUUACUCACGCAUACAGCAUAUGUAUGCCAAUCCACCGUAUACCAGUAAUUUCAACUCUCACAGUACAUUGUCAUGCGUAGACCGACCGCCGUAUAGCUUCGUAGCACUUAUCGUCUUGGCUAUAAGGUCAAACGCGGAACAGAGGGCUACAUUGAAAGAUAUCUACCGCUAUAUAGAGACAACUUUUCCGUAUUAUCGGGUGAAGAGCCCUGGCUGGAAGAAUUCAAUCCGUCAAAACCUCUCUGUAAACAAUUGCUUCAUCAAGAGUCCUCGUAGUAUACAUGACCUGACGCACGGUCAUUUCUGGAGACUAGCAGAGGGUUGGAAAGAAAUGUUUUCUGAAAACGACUUCCGCCGCCGUCGUCGAGGAUAUAAGAAAUCCAAUAACCACGAGUUUAUAACAACGAACAACCAAGCGAACGAGGAUUAUAUUACCCGAUAUAAACCUGAAAGCCCGUCGUCGUCGGUGGAGUCAUGCAAGAAACAUACGCCAAAUUACGUUUCCUCGAUUACACGUAGCGAGAGAACACAAGAAAGACAUGUAAACGGAAAACAGUUCAGUGACUUUAGUAUUGCCAAAAUACAAUGCUGUCAGUCGAAACGAAAAGCCGGCCUCUGUGAUGUAUCGGACAAUAAAAUGAUUAAACAUGUUGGACGUAUUGUUCGUAAUGACACAAAAGACACUGGGCGUGACAUUCCUGGCCAAUCUUUCAAUGCAAGUAGUCAAAUUUCUUCAAGUCGAGUCAUUUUGUAUUAUCCACCAGUUUCAAGAAAGCUUUAA